AUGGCGAAGAUAAAUACCGACAAUACAACUUCGGCAACUUCGAAGUCCAAAAGCUUUUCCCAAGCAAGUAUUUCCAAUAGAAAAGGUAUUGGGUCCAAGCACAGCAACAGAAAUGAUAAAAGAGCUUGCACAGAAAUAUCAUUCAAAGAUUUUCUCUGUUUUCUUCGAACGGCCUACCAAAUAAACGAAAAUGUUAAUGGUAAUUCAACUGAUGUAGCAAUUGACUGGCAAGAGGUUGCUGCAAAUGAACUUGUAUCUACGUUGAUGGGCUUAAAUUACCCGGAGCUUCCGAAACGUGUUCAGCUAAAUAAAGAAAGCUCUGAAGAAAAUAUCGAAGAAGAAACUAAGACUGAAAACGAAAACAAGAUACAGACAAUUGAUAAUGCAUCAUGCUCUCCGUUGGAGAGACUUAAAAAGAACAGGAAAGAUGCUAUAAGUGAAUUAAUCGCAAACAAAAGACUGUUAGACGGGUGCAAGAAUAUGGAGCACUUGAUGAAACGUAAACUCAAUGAAGUUAUCCAGGAAGGACUUCUAGACUCUGUUUUACCUUAUGUUGUCCCCAAACUUGGUGUUUCUCACCAGCAACAGAAUAAAAAGACACAUAGUGGAGAAUCUAAGAAGUCGUCAGAGAAACAUUCACACCAUCAACAAGUUCACAGAGAGAAAAACAUAGGAGGGAGAAGGAAGUCAUCUGGGGGAGACAUUGAAGUGGAAAUUCAUGUCUGUGAUGAAGUCAAAAACUUAAAAAGAGAUUUCAAGUGUUCUCAGAAGCUCCUAGUUUCAAAAAUGGGAUAUUUUGCUGAAGUGACAACAGGUCAGAAGCUUGAAGAUAUGGACAUAUCAGUUCACUGUGACAUAACAAUAUUUGAUUGGUUGAUGAGAUGGGUAAAGAAGGAUAUCAAUACAGAGCAGUGCGCACCAAAGCUUGAUGCUGCAAAUGUUAUCCCAAUACUAGUGUCAGCUGCCUUCUUGCAAAUGGAUCCCUUAUUGGAAGACUGUUUGGAGUUUUGUCGUAAUAAUAUGAAUGAAAUAGUGAAGGCAUCUACUAACUUAUCUUGUCUGAAUGACAGCAUUCUUACCAGGCUUGCUGGUCUUUUCUCAAACUCAGAUGUUGAAGCAUUGCGUGAUCGCAAGGAUAAAGUGCAGAGUCGACUGUACAGUAAACUGAUAGCAUCACUGGCAGAACCAACUCCUGAAAUUGCACGUGGUCACUAUGCCAGUCUAGCACACUUGUACAAAUGUGCAAACUGUGGCAAGUUACUUGUACGGCAGAUUGCUUCCCACAUUCCUUGCCAACCUGCAAAUAUGCUUAUAGACAUAUAUGGAAACAUCAGCAGCAAACAUAUAAGGGAUUCCAACUGGAACUUGAAUGACUAUGUACAGCAACUCAGACAUGAACUGCGGACAUGGCGCCUGGUAUAUUGGCGACUGUGGGGUGACUGUCAUUUCCUUCGCUGUACUGCAUGCACUAGACAUUUCCCCAUACAUCAGGCUCGAUGGUGCUGCCACCAUCCUGAUCAACCUCAGUUCUUCUCUAUGGAACAACAACGUACCACAACAUUUCCAAUAGGCCGAUAUCCAUGCUGUGGAGAAAGGGCAUAUCGCUUUGAAGUGAUCUCCAGUGAGUCGGGCUGCCAGUUUAGGGAUCAUGAACCUGAUCUGCAGACAGAACGAGACAUAGCUGUUCACAAAAUAUUCACUCAGCAUAUGAAACUAACUGCAGUGGAGCCUCCUCAGUUAAUGUUAGCAGAGAGGUUAACACGAUUUGUCAAUACACGAGACUGCCUUGAGACUGGACGCAGUGCCAAUCGAGAAGCUCAUUGGUGGGAGGGUCUUGAGCUGGCUCCUAAACAAACCAGACAGGGACUGCUGUCCAAGAUAUGGGACCCUCAGCAGCUGGAAAAGAAAGAAACAGGGUCAACACUGGAGUUGCAGAUGUCAGGAAUUUCAGCUGCCUGCUCAAGAAGUCCAUCUAGACCACCGGAUUCUAACACAUUAACAGUAGAUGUGGAUCAACAACAGUCCAUUGUUGACAGUGACAGUGACGGCAGCAGUGAUCUGGGUGACAGUGAUGUGUCUGAAGAGUCAGGGGGCUGCCAGAUGCCUGCAGUUAGGGUAUCCACACGUCCACGACAGGAUAGACCUGGACAUACAGCUUAUGUUGCUGGCAGCAAUCAUUCAGGACCAUCCCAGUGGUUAUCAGUGUUGUCAACACGAAACAACCAAGACAAUCAACGUGAGUAUGAAGAAAGAGCUAUGCAGCAAAUCUCAACCUUACUAACACGUCGCAUGUGUGCAGAAGGAACAGCUAUGUUUGGUCGCAUGGGAGGAACAGCACAUCGACACCAUCGAUGGAGCCCCCACUCAGUGCCUGCAGGAGGAACGUAUAUUCGGCUCGAGCAUGAAUGGAAGGAAGCUCACAGUCACAGCCACAUCCAUGGUUGCCAGGCUGGUAGCAGUGGACGCCAGCGAACUAAUGUCAGCAGUACAUCUGCAACAGCUAGUUGCACAGGCAUGUCUAUGUCCGCCCGACAUCGUGUUCGAGGGCGCAGAUGA